UACUAUUAGUGCAAUUAAAGACAAACUGUACUAAGGGAGUUCUCAUCACACCAAUACAUUGCAUUCUGACAUUAGUUGGUGUCUCUCCCUAAUAGUUGAAGAUGGUAAAUAUGUUGUUUCUCCAUGCUGUUCUCUUUCUUGCCAGUUUUCAUGGGAUUCAGUCUCUUAAAAUCUGUUCCUUUAAUGUGAGGACAUUUGGAAAAUCAAAAAUAGCCAAGGAAGGAAUCCUGGAUGUGCUUGUGAAGAUAAUCUCUCGUUGUGAUCUAAUGCUGAUGAUGGAAAUUAAGGACUCAAGAAACCAAGCCUUUCCUAUACUAAUGAAAAGACUGAACAAUCAAGGCAACAGAAAUGAAUACAAAUCUAUUAUCAGCGAACGUUUGGGACGACUGGCCUACAAAGAACAAUAUGCUUUCAUUUACAGACAUAAACUAUUAUCGGUGAAAAGAAGUUAUCAAUAUCCUGAUCUGCAGACAGAUGUUUUUGCAAGGGAACCAUUUGUGGUAUGGUUUUCAUCUCGUUAUACCACUGUAAAAGAUUUUGUCAUUAUCCCUCAACACACAACACCAGCUUCAUCAGUCAGUGAAUUGAACGCAUUAUACGAUGUUUAUGUGGAGAUGAAAAGACUCUGGCCAGCAAAGUACUUCAUACUUAUGGGAGACUUCAAUGCAGAUUGCGAGUACAUUCGCAAGAAGCAAUGGCCAAAUAUCAGAUUGCGAAAUGAUACCAAUUUUGUUUGGCUAAUUGGAGAUAAUAAUGACACAACAGUAAAAGAGAGCACACAUUGUGCAUAUGACAGGAUUGUGCUUCAUGGAGAAAAAUUAGUAAAGGCAGUCAUUCCAAAUUCAGUCAAUAUAUUUGACUUCAAAGAAGCUUAUGGCAUGACUGAAGAACAGGCCCUGAAAGUGAGCGACCACUUUCCUGUUGAAGUAGGUCUGCAGGAACACCAAAGCUUUUAUUACCGGUUAAGAUCUUUCAAAGGUUAGAAAGGGGAGGAGAACAUCAAGUACUGAUUCCACUACUUCUAAAUGGAACGUCAGCACAUUGAUUCUGUUAUCAAUUUUAACCUGUACAAAUCAUUAUUUGGUUUACUAUUAAGUUGAAUUAUGACAUCCAAACUUUUGUAUAAGUAUUAUAUGUAAUUUGUAAACAUCAAAGGGACCAUUUAGAGCUGGUGUCAGGGGAUGUUGAUUCUUUUCUAAGCUACACUUCCCAUAUCUCAAGGAUAGCUUGCUUUAUUUGCUGACAACCCCUCAUCCACCUUUAAUAAAUUUCAAUCCAAGACUCUGAGGGUCAAAUCUUAGAUCAUGCCAUCUCCUAUAUGACCACCUUAUCCUCUUUAAAGUCCAUUGACUCUUUAUUUCCCAGCAUUGAGUUUGCAAGGUUCCCAUCCAAGUUUUUGAUUGCCUCCACAGUUUCAUUCCAUAUUAUCUGACUUUCCCUCUCCAAUGGUAUAUCCCAACCCACCCCUCUUCUGGAUCCUGGAUUGCUGCAUGUCCCUUACUAACCACCACUACCACCACCCCCACCGCCGACACUCACCUCCAAAAUCAGAAGCCAACAUUUUUGUUACUGUAGCCCUAAUAUGAAUGGAAUGAGUUUUAGGCAUCAAACCGCUCACCUGUCCCAGCCCAGACAUCAGCAGCAAGAAAUGCAGGCAAUUUUAACUCCAUUAUCUUAUCUGCAUGACUAACUGACCAACUGUAAUGGGUGGGAAGCAGCAGGUGGCCAGUGGAACCUCAGACAACAUGAUGAAGUUUCUGUAGCACCAACUGAUGAAUUUACAGAGUAAGAUGUCAAUUUUGACUAACACUGAGGGGGACAACUGAUCAAACCAGGGACCAGGUGCAAUCAUGGGAGGAAGUGUAUGUCGGGCAUAAUAUCAAAAAUGUGCAUUUUAGCUUGUUACAUCUAAGUCAAUAAAGUCCCUGGCAUUCUAUGGAAAGAAAUGACUGCUAAAAUAUAACCAAUAACAAAUUACUUCAAAUGGCUUGAUAAAUUGACAAUGAUAUUGAAACCAAAAGGAUUGAACAAUGGCGCCCAUAACUUUUGUUAUCAUAAAAUGCUGAAAUGCUUCAAUAAGCCACAUAAACUAUAGCAGCAGUGCUUCACACAAUGUACGUGAUAUGCUUUCUGUGGAAUAAGACUAUAACAAAUACAAUUGAAAAAAUAAAUCAUUUACUGCUGUCAA